AUGUCCUUUAACCUUACUUACCUUAUCACGGGGGCAAACCGCGGCAUUGGCCUUGGCUUCGUUGCCUUCCUCCUUCAACGUCCACAAACAACCGUUAUCGCCGCCGUGCGUAACCCCUCGCACCCCUCCUCUCGAGACCUCCUCUCCCUUGCCAAGGCUUCUGGUUCAAAGCUCAUUCUUAUCAAAAUCGACGCGGCUAUCGUCUCGGAUGCCACUGACGCUGUAGCGAUUCUGCAAAAAGACCACGGCAUCACCGUCCUUGACAUCGUUAUCGCUAAUGCAGGCAUCUCCUGCUCUUCUACCCGUACAUCUGAAAUUACAUUUUCUUCCGCGAUGGAUCAUUUCGCUGUCAAUGCUGUCGCACCCUUGUUGCUCUUCACCGCCGUCGCUCCGCUACUCAAGUCCAGCAAGAACGCUCCUCAUGGCCCGGUCUUCUUAGCAAUCUCGUCGUCUAUCGCAAGCAAUGGUGCGGCUGAUGUGUUGCCUGUUGAUGUGAGCCCCUAUGGCGCCAGCAAAGCUGCCUUAAAUUGGUUCGUGCGGAGGCUGCACUUUGAGGAGCAGUGGUUGACGAGCUUUGUCAUUCACCCUGGCAUGGUUCAGACUGAGAUGGCGGCUAGCAUGGUUGCGAAGCUUAACGCAGACCCCAGGGCUCUGGGGGCUAUUACUGUGAAGGAGAGCGUUGAUGGGGUGGUGGCUGUGAUUGAUGCAGCCACUAGGGAUAAAAGUGGCCGUUUUAUGAGCUACGACGGUACUGUCUUGCCUUGGUGA